CAUAUAGCGGAGUCUGUUGCAGAGUUCCAGCAUAUUUUCUCUGACUGUGAAAGAGAAAGUUAGUAAAAAUGAGUGGACGAGGCAAAACCGGUGGAAAGGCCAGAGCUAAGGCCAAGACUCGCUCUUCUCGUGCUGGACUCCAGUUCCCAGUGGGUCGUGUCCACAGACUGCUGCGUAAAGGCAACUACGCCGAGCGCGUGGGUGCCGGCGCCCCCGUGUACCUGGCGGCUGUGCUGGAGUAUCUGACCGCUGAGAUCCUGGAGUUGGCCGGAAACGCCGCCCGCGACAACAAGAAGACCCGUAUCAUCCCCCGUCACCUGCAGCUGGCUGUCCGCAACGACGAGGAGCUCAACAAACUGUUGGGCGGUGUGACCAUCGCUCAGGGAGGAGUCCUACCCAACAUCCAGGCGGUUCUUCUGCCCAAGAAGACCGAGAAGCCCGGAAAGGCCAAGUAAAUGUGAACGGACCAACAACAACCAUAACGGCUCUUUUAAGAGCCACACACUCACUGAAAAAGAACAACUCCUGAUAGUAUUUUUCAGAUAUGGAAAAUAAGCUAUAUUACAUCUGUCUAAAAACUAUGUUGAGAGG